AUGAAACCCAUUCCUUCACCUUCACCUUCAUCUCCCUCCACCCCUACCCCCACCCUCGAUCCUGAAAAAGCUCUACCCUUGAAGAACCCAACAAACUUCCUAAACCAAACAACAACAUCGCAUACCAAACCUGAAGAAACCCAUUAUCCUUCGGAUAAGCCUGACGAUCAAGUCCGACCCCCUUUCCCUGCAUUACAAACGACCACUACAACUCUUUCCACCCGAUCAGCUCGAGUGGCAGCAGAAGCAUUAUCAACAUUCCCUACUCAUCCUGCCAAUCCACUCAAUUGGCCAAGAAAGAAAAAAUGGAGGAUGACAAUGUUAGUUGCUUUGACGGGGUUUAUUUCAACUUGUGGAAGUAGUAUCGGUGUUCCUGGUAUACAUGGAGCUAUGGAUGAUUUUGGUGAAAAGAAUUUGAAGAUUGGAGUUGGGGUAACAACUUAUUAUGUUUUAGGAUUAGGAGCAGGACCUUUCAUCUUCGCUCCCAUUUCAGAACUGUAUGGUCGUCAGACGGCUUAUCAAACUUCUCAAUUCCUUUAUGUUUUCUUUUGUCUGGGUGCGGCUUUAGCUCCAAAUAUGGCAGGUCUUCUCAUACUCCGAUUUCUCUGCGGUGUGACGGGUUCUUCAGGUCCAGCAUUAGGUGUAGCUACUUGCGCAGAUAUCUGGAUUCCAUCCGAAAGAGGAAGACCUAUCUCGAUCUAUGCGAUAGGUCCAAUGGCAGGUCCUGUGCUAGGAAGUAUUCUAGGAUAUUGGAUCUUGUACGGAAGUUGGAGAUGGUUAUAUGGGACGAUAACCAUUUUGGCAGCUGCCAAUUACGUUUUGUUAAUAUUAUUUGCUGAAGAGACUUAUGCUCCGGCUAUCGAAAAAGUACUUCGAUAUCGGAUACAACAUCCUCUUUCGGAUCCCAAAACAUGGGGAGAAAAACUAUCACCUAUAAGAAUCAUACAUGAUCUUGGAUGGAUGAGAGAGAUGGUUUCUCGACAAGAUGCUAAGACCGUUUUUGGUCGUGCUUUUUCCCGACCUCCAAGAUUAUUAUUUGGAAAUCCUGUUUGUUUUAUCUUUUCGGCUUAUUACGCUUAUAUCUAUGCUAUCAUAUAUGUCUUUUUAGUCUCCGUACCAUUAUUAUAUGGCUCUCCGCCUUUCUCUCGUCCAGGGUUAUUUUCAUAUCAAUGGCCUCAGUAUACACUCUCCCUUGCUUACCUUGGUUUAGCGGUGGGAUUUGCCAUAGCUGUAGUAGUUGCCUCCAACGCUCAAGAUAGGAUAUAUAAAUAUCUCAGUAAGAAAAAUGGUAUUGGUGGUCAACCUGAAUACCGAUUGGUUCUCACUCAAACGGGUAUGAUCAUCCUUCCUAUUGGUCUUUUCAUCUUUGGAUGGACAGCACAUGCUGAAGUACAUUGGAUCGCACCUCAAAUCGGGCAAUGCUUAAUUGCCUUGGGGUUGAUGAUGGCUUUUAACUCUAUUCAGAACUUUAUAGUAGACGCUUUCUUCCCUUUCUCCGCAGCGGGCAUAGCUGCCGCUACAGCGAUGCGAUCCGUGAUAGCUUGCGUAUUACCCAUUUUUAGUCCUGAUCUAUUCUACAACCUCGGUUGGGGUUACGGAGCUACAUUACUCGCUUGUGUUGCAUUGAUAGCCGUACCAGCACCCGCUCUCAUGUUCAUAUGGGGAAGACAAUUGAGGGAGAAGUAUAAAUUCCGGGAUUGA